GAACCAGUGCGGUUCUUAUUUCAUCCCACAUCCUCUCCGUCCUGCCGGCCGUAUUUUUCUUUGUUCUCCAAAGAAGUUGUAAAGACAUGGCCCAGCAAGAAAUGAUCUACAGAACUUCUGCCAUGUCUCACGGAUCCUGGAAUUCCUCGCGCAGCGUCAUCUACGAUGACGGCUCAUAUUCAGGUAGCGCCCGUGAGAACGGAUACCCAAGUUCAAGUGUGAUUUACUCGUCCGGAUCCGGUCCAUCGUAUAGUUCACCGGCCAGCGUGUCGGUAGUGGGGACUAGUGGUCCAGUCGCGCGGCACCAGUCCGCCUACACUUCAUCGCCGGUUUACAUCUCGAGAGCGCAGUCCGGGCAAUAUGGAAAUUCUUCCGGGGCGGCGUACGGUUCGUAUACUAGCACGAGCUCUCAGGGCUGGGAUGCCCCAGACAGAUACUCUCCGACGGACUCCGUUGAUGAUAUCAUCACAUCUCCCGGUCUAUCGGAUUACACCCUGGAUAACGGUGGCGGAGGUGCCUCGUCAGUAGGAAAAUCUAAGAACAGUGGCAAGAGCCGUCCCCAGAGACGACCAUCUAACAGAGAUGAGUUCGACGGACCACACCAGUUUCUAGCGAGACCUCCGCCGGAUUAUGUUGCUAUGCAGGAGAGAGAGCUGCCGCAUCUCCCAACGAACCUUCUGGUGCAAGAGCAGGAUAGUGUCCUGACGCAAGUCAACGAUCGACUCUCGCAGUGCGCGUUCGACUUUGUUGCCAAAUACCAGUUUCCGAUCCCGUUGACCCAGGAUAUGAGGCCCGUCGAGAGGCCCCAGGAUAGAGAAUGGACCGAAUGGGUUUACUUACUGAAGCGUCUCGCAACGAAGAGGCGGAUACCCGCCCGGGUCCUCUAUAACGGACAGAUCAAGCAAUUCGUGACCAUCCUGGAAAAUUCUUUGGAAAUGCGACAUGCCGCAAAGCAUCAGUCGCGCCCGUUAAAGGAUGACCGUAACAUCCUGCAACUGAUCAGCGCCGGUAUCCAGGUUGCGAAGAUCCUCAAGGACGCAGCCGCCAUGGACUACCUGGACAGACUAUACGUUUCAACCGAACAACAGAUUCAGGAACGAAGUGCUGCAGCAUCGGCACGGUUCCGCUGAACAAAUACCAUCGGCAUCUUGGUCGAUGAUGAUAUCAACGUUUUUCCUCUCGAGGCUUUUUUGAUGGGCCACCGAGACUCGCCCCGAGGGCA